AUGUUGAGGGCACUGGCCUUCGCUUUGCUGCUACAGUUUUUAGGCAUCGCAAAUGGUGCUGGUGUGGGAGUUCAUAUAACGCUACUUGCUAGGACGAAAGUUCCUAAUAACCUAAAUUCAUUUAGCGCGGUGAUGAAGGCAGGGGUGUUCUUUCCCGAUGCGUUGUACAGUUGUAAUAGCAGAAAAGAUUGGCAUGAAUUUGCAGAAUAUACACACUGGCCCGCGUUCCUAGUACAAGGAGCUAAGCUUUGGAGGGAGAGAUAUAGCAAGAAUCAAAACUCCGAGAAGUCUCUAAGGCUUAAAUCAUUUUUAACUGGCGUGUUUGUCCACCAGGUGGCGGACGCCCCUUGGCAUUCACUUGUUGAUGGGUACAGAAAUCACGGCCUUGUUAAAGCUCUAGCAAGCCUCGAGUUCGAUAACGAUUUUCAAAAAGCGCACGACUACAUCGAUACAAUGGGAGAUUUCCUUAUGUUGGGACAAGUUUUGAGAGACGCCACAGACAACUGGUCGUACUACUUGGGAGGAGACUGGGAACUGCCUGAUAAAUUUGACAUAAUGGAGCUUGUGCACCGUUCUGGCCUUAAGACAAUAAAGUUUUGGGAGCUAAAGGCUUGCGUCGAGAGGGGUAACAUCGCGCUUGCAAGCGAGGUUUACUCCAUUAUGAAACGAAGACGUGAAAUUUUAAGUGUAGCGAACGAAAUAUCACCGCGCGCCCGCGAACUGAUGCAGGAUCAUUGGCUAGGCGGCGAGUCUAAUAUUGUAGCCAUGACAAACAGAUGUCUUUCAAGCUUUUUGGUAUUAUUUGAAGAACCUAAUGAAAUGAACAUCAACCCAGAACAGCUUCUUGAGGUUUGCGGAAACCUGCCGAGAGUUCAUGAAGCCGAGAAGCAUUAUCUGAAAAGAAGAUCAUUCGACGACAUGCUACUUGUGUCUCCUCUCGCCUCUUUAUCUUUAUUCGGAUUCGAUAUAGCAAUUGGAAAAUUUCAGAAAGAUGAAGUCUGUCUUGCUGUUAGUGCACCCUUGGAGGAUGGCGAAGGGUCUGUCUAUGUGAUACCCUGGAGAGACGUUUCGGGGUCAAUAGAUAAGUUGUCUGAACGCCCGGUGACACGAUUUUAUGGCGCACGUGUGCAUCGUCUCACUUUGGGUGAGUCCGACUUUCUCGUUGUUUCUGCUAGUGGUGACAAUGCUGUUCAUAUAUAUUAUGAAGGCUUCAAGGUCUUGACCAUUGUCGAUGAUCACAACUGGGAGAGACACCAACUCACAGUCUCGUCAAUUGCAGAUAUUGAUGGUGAUGGCAUUCCAGAGCUUUUAUUAGCCGGUUCACAUUAUGGCAUUAAUGAAACAGGUCUUGUACAGAUAGUUGAUGGACGCGACAUUUCUUCUUUGUUACAAAGGCGCCAGUAUUCCAAAGUUUCCCUUCAAUCUUUAGGAACUAUUUCUUUGAAGGCCCCAGUGUCACAAACGUUCCAGAAUUAUGGUGCUAGUGUGAUAGCCUCCAGUUUAUGGAACUCGAACGCUUUUCUUUACGUAUCUUGUCAAGGUUUAGGGGUGGUAUUUGUAUAUUGCUCCAGCAGCCUGCACCAGAAUGCUCUCCCUCGGUAUUACAUUAUUAACGAGCACGUUAUUAGGCAGGAGGAGGAUAUUCCAUUGGACUUGAAGGUCAAGCCUUCGUCGGAUCAUGGGAUGUUUGGCAAAACAAUAUGUUCGUGGAAUUACCAUGAUACAAAUUACAUUGCCAUUUCACAACACUUACAGAACAAAGUUUACAUCUUCAGAGAGCAAGACGGGUUUCUUGAGUUUUACGUGGCUCUGUUACUAGAUUUAUCAUCAGAGGCAGCUGAUAUCAGCUCCACGGUGGGAUUUGGUCGCUCCAUUGAUUAUGACGAGACGACUGGUAUCUUAUACUUGUCAUCCCCAGGUUUCCUUGAUGGGGACGGCGCCAUUUGGAAAGCAACUAUGAGCGAAAUUACAAGUACAGUCGAAACUUGGAAGCUGGAUCGGCUGAUAAUAACUGUGUCGCGCAAUUUGGUUACGAUAAACAAAAGCCAAAAGGGAAAGGGUAUCCCAGGCUUUGGUGACACUAUACGUAUUGGGCCCGAUGGAAAGCUUAUUGUUGGCUCGCCAAGAUUUGGUUAUGGCGACUUUGAUGAAAGGCAGUUGACAGGAAAUAUCGCAAUAUUGAGGUUGAAAUGA